AGACAACAACAAUAAGCGACCCAAUCACAGCGUACACACAAGAUGGACGUGAAAAAGACAUCCGAUUCCACUACCCUGAAACUUCGAACUCAUCGUCCUGGAGACAUGGGCUUCAUCACCUAUCGGCACGCCGUAAUAUACGUCCAAGAUUAUGGGUUACCAUCUUGUUUUGAGAGAGAUGUCGGCAGGAUUGCUGCUGAUUUCCUCGACACCUACGAUCCCGAUAUGGAGCGAUGCUGGAUUGCAGAAAGAGACGGCAACUUUCUCGGCAGCAUUGCGCUGGUAAAACACAAAGACGUCGAGAACACGGCUAUGAUUCGACUACUACUUGUGGAGCGAGAAGCGCGGGGCUUGGGACUUGGGACCAAACUGGUCCAGCAAUGCGUUGAGUUUGCGAAGGAAGCAGGGUACAAGCAAAUUAGGCUGUGGACGCUGACCCAACUCACCACUGCACGUCGAUUGUAUAAGAAUGCCGGCUUUGAGAUUUUGCGGACCGAGCCUCAAGAUGCUUGGGGGGGAGUGCCAAAGGAGGAGUGGGGGUUGUGUUUACAUGAGUCAUGAAAGAAACAGAGAGGACCGAAGUGGAUUGUAUCGUUGGUUGAAUUUAUCUGAGCCCAGUUGUGGUUGAACCAAAAACAAAACCGACGGAAAUACUUGACAGGGGAUAGAUAAAUAGUUCC